UUUCUCUGGAUGUCAGACAGUCUGAGAAAAACUCAACUGUAGGUCAAAUUCGAGAUACUUUAUUUUAAAUGCGCUCCAAAGCGUUAGUCUUGACUAGUUUAGGGUUGGAAGUUUGGUGGGAGUAAGAGCGUAGUAACGGGACGGGAUUGGAAAGUAGGGAGCUUUCUGUAAAGAAUCUAAUGAACCGCGCAAAAAGUUAGACAUUAAGUGGGAUCUUUACGGGAAUAAGAAAACCUGAAGAUUUAAACAAUGACUGAGAAAGAGUUGGUGAUUGACGACAUCAUAACAGAUGCAAUGGCUACUCCAUCUCCAGCCAAGAGUAUGGGCGACCCAGGCAUCACGCCACUUUCCCCCACACAUGUACUGAAGGACUCAGAAGAGAAUGAGCCUACGAGGCACCCCUACGUGGUGGUGGUGGCCAUCGACUUUGGCACCACCUCCAGUGGCUACGCAUAUGCCUUCACUAAAGAACCAGAGUGUAUUCACACUAUGAGGCGCUGGGAGGGUGGAGACCCAGGUGUGUCCAAUCAAAAGACGCCCACCACCAUUCUACUGACCCCAGACAAGAAGUUCCACAGUUUUGGAUAUGCAGCCCGAGAUUUUUACCACGACCUGGAUCCGGCCGAGUCUAAGCAAUGGCUCUACCUGGAGAAGUUUAAAAUGAAACUUCACACCACUGCAAAUCUAUCCAUUGAUACAGAUUUACAUGCGGCCAAUGGGAAAAAGGUGAAAGCUCUGGAUAUUUUUGCUUAUGCCCUGGCCUUUUUUAAGGAGCAGGCUCUUAAGGAGCUGAGCGACCAAGCAGGGGCGGAUUUUGAUAAUGCUGAUGUCAGAUGGGUCAUCACUGUACCGGCCAUCUGGAAGAUGCCGGCCAAGCAGUUUAUGAGAGAGGCAGCGUAUAAGGCUGGUCUGGUUUCUCGUGACAAUCCUGAUCAGCUGAUCAUUGCUCUGGAACCAGAGGCUGCAUCCAUUUACUGCAGGAAGCUCCGCCUCCACCAAAUGGUUGAUUUGGGCACCAAAACAGCCCUGAACGGUUACAGCCCAACGGAGAACAUUGGGGUGGGAACGGCCCAGGCCAAGGAGCAUGUGCGCCGUAACCGACAGAGCCGCACAUUUCUGGUGGAGAAUGUCAUAGGAGAGCUCUGGUCUGAACUCACUGAAGGUGACCGUUAUGUGGUGGUGGAUUGUGGAGGAGGGACAGUGGAUCUCACCGUGCAUCAGAUCCGGCUGCCGGAAGGGCACUUGAAGGAGCUUUACAAAGCUUCAGGAGGCCCUUACGGCUCUAUCGGUAUAGAUUAUGAAUUUGAGAAGCUCCUGUGUAAGAUAUUCGGUCAAGAUUUCAUCGACCAGUUUAAGAUCAAGCGUCCGGCCGCCUGGGUGGAUCUGAUGAUCGCGUUUGAGUCUCGUAAGAGGGCCGCGACUCCUGACCGAAGCAACCCACUAAAUAUUAACCUGCCCUUCUCUUUCAUCGACUACUACAAGAAAUUCAGAGGACACAGCGUGGAGCAUGCACUGAGGAAGAGCAAUGUGGACUUUGUGAAGUGGUCUUCACAGGGCAUGCUGAGAAUGAGUCCAGAUGCGAUGAACGCACUGUUCAAACCAACUAUAGAUCACAUUAUACAGCACCUGACUGAGUUAUUCGAAAGACCGGAGGUGACCGACAUCAAGUUCCUUUUCCUGGUGGGUGGAUUCGCAGAGUCUCCACUACUGCAGCAGGCGGUUCAGAAGAUGCUUCAGGGCCGCAGUCGAAUUAUCAUUCCGCAUGAUGUGGGGUUGACCAUCCUCAAAGGUGCGGUGUUGUUCGGCCUGGAUCCCAGCGUCAUAAAGGUGCGGCGCUCUCCACUCACUUACGGCGUUGGCGUCCUUAACCGUUUUAUAGAAGGGAAGCACCCGCCGGAGAAGAUGCUUGUGAAGGACGGUACACGCUGGUGCACCGACGUUUUCGAUACGUUCAUCUCUGCCGAUCAGUCAGUGGCGCUGGGUGAAACGGUAAAACGCAGCUACACACCGGCAAAGCCAUCACAACAGGUGAUUGUAAUCCAUGUAUACUGCUCAGAAAAAGAGUCGGUCAGUUUCAUCUCGGACCCAGGUGUGAGGAAGUGCGGUACGUUGAAGCUGGAUGUGAGCGGUACCGAGAGUCCAGCGACACGAAGAGAGAUCCAGACGCUCAUGCAGUUCGGAGACACUGAGAUAAGAGCCAUGGCUAUCGACGUGGCAACCUCUCGCAGUGUCAAAGCUAGCAUCGAUUUCCUUAGCCAGUAAAAGAAGAUGAGAAAUGAGUAAACGACACUGCAGAAACUCAGUGUUUUAGUCAUGUUUUCCAGUAAAAUAUCCCGACAUCCUUAAAACAAGAUACAUUUGUUUUGUUUUUUAAAAUUGCUUAUGCAUAAGUUGAUCAGAAGUGACAGUAAAGACAUUUAUAAUGUUACGAAAGAUUAAGCAGAACAACUGUUUUCAAGAAAUGUUACUUGAGCACCAAAUCAGCAUUUAGAAUGAUUUCUGAAGAAUCAUGUGACACUAAAGACUGGAGUAAUGAUGCUGAAAAUUCAGCUUUGCUAUCACAGGAAUAAAUUACUUUUAAAAUAUAUUUAAAAAAUAAUAUAUCAUGCAGUUUUGCUUCUCAAGUUAAUAUUUAUUGUUUAAAGGAUGUUUAGAUAUUUUGACUGGAAAAUAUGACAAAAUACUGACACAAAAUAUUUUUUGCAGUGUAGAAGGAUAGAGAAAAGAAAGAGAAAACUAAAAAGAGAUGGAGCGAGAAAUGAAGUUUGUAGGUUUGGAGUCUCAACUAAUACAUCCAUGUUUGCCGACCUUCCAUGUGACAUUUGCUUGAAUAACUCUGCCAUUCAUGUUAUUUUAUUUGGUUAUUUUAGUUUCCAAAUACACAACUGGACUCAACUUAAGAAAGAAAUGAAUCUCUCAUAUUUGGCCAAAGUUGAGUUCAUUUCACUCAUUUUUACCAUUGCUUACUUCAUCUAGACUCAGUCCGUUCUUCUCUGUAUGCUUCUAUUAUAGUCUAUUUGUAUAGUCUGGCUAUGGCUAUUUUCUGCACAGAGAUGCACACUCUGCAUGGAUAGAGCCACAAUACAGCUUUGUACUGCUAGUAGUGCAAUUUGCGAUAGCACCUUGUAUUAACUUAGUAAGUCAAGUUCAGGUUAAGGCAGUUACAUCAGUCUUAUUUACACAUCAUGGCAGAAAUAUAACAUCGUUCUCCUACGAAAUGUACUACUUUGCUCUGAAACUCUGGCCUAUUAUCUUCAAAGCUCAGUCCAGAACUAGUUCGUUCAUUCAUUUAGGUUACAAUGAGGAGGUAAAGCAGAUGGUUUUGGCUGCUGGACUGACUGGAGACCAAUUUGUUAGUCUGAAACAGAAACUCAAUAUGUUAGGACUAACUUUAAGAACGGUACCGUUCAGAAUCACCGAUCAAACCUGAGCUACAGAUCACAAAGGUGCUGAUGCCCGUGACACAAUUACUGUCGGUUUUUCACACUAGUGCUACGUGGCAAAACACAAUAAAAAUCUCAGCUUUUUAUUGUUCUUACGUUUCGUUAUCUUGACUUUUUGUGUUUCUUUUUUUGCAUGUCAAGGCAUUUUAGGAGUUCUGAACACUUACAUUGACUCCACUUAGCUGACGUUGAGGGUGCCAUUUCGUUUGUCCCAAAAUUCAGCAUAUCUUUUCAUAUUGUUGGUCAGUAUGUCACUCUAAGCGGAAUGAGAAAGCAUAAAUCCUAGAAUGUGAAUUUUAAUCAUCAUUUGAAGUGGCAGUGACAGAGAAGCCACUAGCUGCAUUUACAUCAUGAUUUGAAAGGAUAGCCAUCGCUAUAUGCUAGUUGCCUUUAAUCCUGCUCUUAUAGAAAGAGAAGCCACUGAUUUUUUUCUUCUGUUUUUAUUUUUUACUUUUAUUUAGGAGAUUAUUUUGGAGAAUAUGUGACAAAUGAAAAUGUUUAUUUCUGUAUAUACAGUAUUUAAAGAUAUUGUACAGAUUUUUAGCAUUGUUUUAGCAUUAGCGGCUUUAUGAGCAGUGUGUGUAUGCAGGCCUUAAGAGCACACAUUCUUUCUUCCACUCUCACCAGCCUUCACAUGGAUACUAAACUCGAAUAUUACCCUAAACUAAACCCAAACAUAACCACAAAAACUGAAACUACAUUCCCAAAACCAUAACCCCAACCUAAACCCAUAUUUAGAGCAAAACAAUCCCACUUACUUUUUAUCUUAACCCCAUACAAACCUCUAAUUCCAAACUUGUAGUUCCCAUUUCCCAAUCUUAGAUGUGGUUGUGUGAAUUGCCUUUGUUGCUCUAUUUUUAGUAUCACAAGACUUGAAAACCUUUGACCUUAACAACUUUACUCGCAGUUAUCAUUUGAAAUAAGACAUGUAACAUGGUGUAUUUUGGUUUGGGGAAAUGAGGUGACUGAUAGUUUAUGGUGUGUAUGUGGUCAAAUCUUAUUCUGUAGAUGAUAUAACAAAUCACAGGCAAUAGUUGUGCUUUUGGUUUGGAAGAUACUGAGAUAACGCUAAAAAAUAAAAGCAAUAAAUUUAUUGCAAUGUGACGUUCCACGUGUUAUUCCCACAUGCUCCAUCAUGCUAUUCUGCCAGUGUGAAGUCCGUGUGUCAAAGCUUCAGCUGCAAAACUGUAAUGUUGCUAUGAAAAUGUAUUAAUCAACAUUUUUAGAUCAUUGAGGUGAUGAUAACUGAAUAUUUUUAUCAUUUUAUCACAUGUCCUUUGAAAGUCAGCAUGUGGAUCGAUGUAACAUUUAUUUUUGCCGUUCUUGGAAAAAUAUACGUCAGCCAAUUGCUUUUCAAUGGAUUUGCAUUGCAAUGUAAGACAAGAAGCGCCAAAUCGUUCUUGCACAGGACAAUUUAAAAUUUGUGAUAAUAGCACAGAUCCUGGAUCAAAAACAUGAUGGAUUAAAAGUAUUUCUCAAAUCAUACCGAGCAUCUGCCAGUGUGACUAUAGAUUAUGAAUAAAAUAUCAUCAAACAAUGUAAUAUCAUUGAAAAUGGAAAAAAUAGCAAGCUACACACAGGAUAAAACGCUAAAGCUUCUCUAAAUGUAAUCUGGAUUUGCUGCUCAUGUGAUUGUUAUUGCAAAUAAUUGCAUAUGCUCUGCACGAUUCGCAUGAGUGACCAAAAAUGACAAGUAUUUUUUGGUUAGGUUCAUUUAAAUAUUCUAUUUUAAACUAAAUAGAUCUCUGGAUAAUAAAACCCAUGCUACCACACAUCACUCUCUCAUCAUUGGCUGUACAAGGCAGUAGAAGGGAUGUCAUCACAUGUGAUAGAUGUACAUAUAGAAAUACACCAAACAAACAUGUGCAGAUUUGUGGAGUAAGCACACCUUUUUUGCUCUGAGAGUAUUAUAUAGGGUGAAUGUUAAAAAAUAAAAUCUUGUUCCCCUGGUUUAGUAGUGUUGCUUUUGUUCUUAACUUGUUUUGCACCAUACUGGUUCAUAGGCAGCUUUGCUAUUUUUUUAUUUUAUUUUUUUAUUAAUAACACAAUGUAUAGCCUCUUUAUGAAAUGUAGUUAUUGCUAUGAUAAGCUUGUAAAAUCACAUAAAAAGCACUAUCAUUUUGUUCUUUGGUUUUUCAGUUUCCUUUUGAUCACUCUGUCUGAAGUAUUAAACUGCUUAUCCCUGUUGGGGUGACGUUUGCUAAUAAUUCACUGUGAAUUUGAUUUUGAAUGGUUUUUUAAUAUUACUUUAUUUAACUGGGUUUAGCUAAAAAAAAUGUACCAGGUCAUAGGGCAUGAAAAAACAAAGGAAUUUCACUGUUUGCUAGAUUCUGUGCUUUGAAAGUCACCUAGUCAUUCACUUAGAUCCAAGACGGCUGCUCAUCCCUAGAGCUGAUGUAGACUUUCACUCACAAACUAUACCUACAGUAAUGAGUUGUUUUUAAUUAUUGGAUAAAGUGUCACUGCUCUUGCCAUAUGCACAUCAAAAAAAGAUUUGCAGCUGUAUUCCAAUCAAUGCCAAGUACUAACAGCCAAAAUGUCACCCAAUAAAAAGUAUGUGUAUUUCAAAAAGAG